GCCUGCUUCGCCGAUCGUCGUGCCGGACAACCUCGAGAAGAGGAUCGAGCCCGAGAGCAACGGGGUUCUCAUCGAAUGGGGACAUGAUCCGUCGUUCUCUCUGCUCGGAAGGGCAGACGAUAAUGGUAGCGGUAGCUCACCUGUCGUUCGAGUGACUCACAGCAUGGACCUUAACAGUACUCAGACGAGUAGGGACUUGCUCAAGGUUGUCAAAGGCUAUGCCAAAUCGAAUGUUCCCAUUACCGUUUGGGUUGACCUGCGCUUUACGGGGGGUCCUGAUGACCGCAAACACUUCGGCAAGCUAUGGUCUUCUUUCGUCAACUUAAGCACCGGUUUGGAUCUGAAUAACUGUCGUUAUGUCGUGAUUGCUCCCUGGGAUCAUUUCUCAUGGAAGAUGGAUCGAGUUAUCAAGUGGUGUUCCAAUCACGAGUGUACGAGUUUCGAAAUUCUUGAUGACGAAAGAUCAGGCAAUUUAGGUCAUUGGAGAUUGCAUACUUCCUACAAGAAUUUGCCAAUUGAAGUGAUGAACAAUUUUCAUGGCUGUAAGCUCAAGAACAUUUUCGAGCCACGAUUUCCUGCACGACAAGCUGCUGUUGCGGUACAAGUUACUCUGAGCGAAGAUCCUAUAGGAAGCGCAGCAGUGAUGGCAUCCCCUAUGCCCACCGUCUCUCUUGAGGAGCGUCGCCGACGCAUCGAGGCUUUCCGCAGGGCUCUUAAGGACCCUGAAUGCCUCGCGGAAGCGAUGGCCUUUGAGGAACCGGCAUAUUUUAAGGAUGCCUAUGGCGUCGUGAAGGAGGCGUACCAGUACAAGCUGGUGGAGCCUGUGGAGUCCGAUCCGCCAGAGGCCUUUUUCCUCGGCCGUAUCCGAAACGGCGAGUGGAUUGGUCUGCGGAAGCAGUACCCCUAUGCAGGUUUUCCCCUUCUGUACGAGAUGUGGCACCGCCAUUUCAACAGCCCGGCUCAUCAGGGAAUGCCAGUUGAGGGCUUCGAGCUCCAUGGCGAUUCCCUCCUGACGGAGUGGACAGAACUUGUCAAAUCCUACCUCCGCGACCUGGCUUAUGUGGGGCAUGCCACAAACGCCGAAAGGGCUCUCAAGGCCACUGAGCCGUUUGAUGUCUGUCACAGAGCGUAUGUGCUAUCCCAGGAAACCCUGGGUUACCACGAAUUAAUGCCAGCUGCCACGGCGUUGCUAGACUCGGUGUAUACUCCAGCCCUUCGCAGAAUCGAGCAUCAAGAGCAACCAAGCUCUUAUUUUAUUAUCGGAGGAGAUAGCUCUCUCGCCUUGGUGACCCGAGACGGUGGACGCGUCCAGAUGAAAGGGACGAUGGAACCGUCACUCCGGGAGGAGAUGACCAAGGACAUCCGCAUGGAUGGCUGCUCGGUGAUCAUGCGCUGGGGAAAAGGGCUUGGAGACAUCGUGUGGUACGUGGAACAGGAGCUCAACCGAGUCCAGAAGUGGAGGAACGGCCAGGAACCACUCGCACCGGAAGGUGUCGACAUUAUCAUUCAAUGGGGUGGUAAUGACGUCUAUGCCGAGUAUGGUUACAAAGGCUUUUCCUUCCACAUGCGCAAUGCGUGGGUUCGUGUUGAUGAUGCAUUGCAUGACACCCUUUCCAACUGGGAGACCAAGGCACGCAAAGCCGUUGAAGACGCAAAAGAUGCCCUGGUUCGUCUCUCAUCCCGGAAGGGAGUGUCCUCUGUCACGCUGGUGGCUGGCCCCCACAACGGGGAAUUCUACGGUCCCCCGGAGGUCUAUGACCUGGAGAUGGCCCGUCAUUCCGACGAAGUCAAAGAGCGAGGGAUCCGCAUCGUCGAUCCCCAGGCCCUCAUCCUCGCAACAGAGCGAUACGAUGGGUUUCACAUGGAGGCUACCCACGACAACGUGAAAGUUACCACCAAUUGGUUCUUUCACCUCUGCUCUGUGAUUAUGUUCGAGCGUUGGCUUGUGAAGCACGCAAUGGAGCUUAAGGCCAAUUCGCGUGGCAUCCUCUUCCACAACCACUUUCACCUCGGACUCGGCUUGGAAGAGCUCGACAUUCUUCCUACUACGGACUUGCUUAUCCCGGCGGAAGCUGAGAUGGUGACUUUCCCACCUGAGGCACCGCCUGUCCAGCGCUUCCCAGAGGAGGAGAUUGUCUUGAACCAGCCGAUCCUCAGCUUGGAAAAGCUUGACGAGCUUGAGGGUGUACCGCCCACUGACUACGUCAAUGAAGUGGCGAAAGAGUCAGAGGAGAUCACGGUUGAGGACGUUGUGUCUCGUAACCCGAAUCCGGAGGACGAGCACCUCACCGUGGAAGCGGUCGACCCCGGCUCGGAGAUGGAACAGAUCGUUCGGAACAUGAUUGAAUCGGUGAACCUGGUGAUGUCAGAUAAGGAGGCUGAAGAGGUCGCCCAAGAAACGGGUGUUGCUCCCUAUGAGUACGUUGAGCCGAAUGUCACAGCUACAUCCGUUGUGGAUGGUGAGGCAGUCUCUACGAUUGCUACUUCCGAUAUCCCGACGGAAGUCUGGGACUCUGGUCCGAUGGCUGUGGACUACGGCGCAGACGAUGAUGAGGAGCAUCCCCGCGGAAGUGGUGGACCCAUCUGGCUUACUCCGGAUCAGCUGCCUGAUGUCAAGGGUCGCAUGGGAUACUUUCGCCUCACUGAGAUGGAGUGUGUUUCGUUGGGCAAGAAGCUGUCGUGGCACUUGCGUGGGCAUGCCAAGGACAAGGGAUUUCGCACUGUUGAGUUCGAUGAUGAACAGGCCGCAGAGAUCGGAGAUGUUUUGAAGGUCAUUGGCAAGCAAUGGUCCCGCCUGACGGUGAUGACCAUUAUUGACCUGUUGACGUCAGAUCACUGUGACAAGGGCCGGUUCGAACUCCAGGCGGAAGCCUUGGACGAGGAUACGCGAUUGGGCCGGGGAACAAACUGGCACUUCACCCGUGUCCGAGCAUUCCAGGGGCACAACGCCUGCUUGCUCGUCCUCGGCAGCGACCCGCUGAAGAACACUGUCAAGCAGUGCCUCAUCCCGGGAGGGAAAAUGACUUCGAAGGGCAACAGCGGGAGGCCCUUCAACAUGUUCGCGAUGGAGAUGAUCUGGGCGAACCGAGCAUACGAACCAGCGCGGAAGUGCUUGGCCCAGGCGUGCAAAGACAAGAGCCUCAACACGCCGAUUUAUGGCGAGCGGGGUCACCAGGAGCUGAUCGAUGCAAAUGGCUAUUGCUACAACUACCUCGUGGCAGGCCUGGGGUAUCGCAACUUCGACACCUGGAAGGACGCCGCUAAGGCAUGCAAGGAUGUCUAUGACCUUGAUUUCUACCCAACAAGCAUGUGUGGUCUAGACAUUCGCAUCCCGGAAGGGCAUGCCUUGCAAGGCUCAGAGUCAUUGUACAAAAUGGUGGUUCAUGUAGCUCCAAAGCAUCCCCAUCAAAGAUGCAACGAUGAGUCGGAUUGGCAUCGCCAGGAGAACGUCAGCAUUCCUUCUUUCGGUUGCCCAAGCUGCGGUACAUCCAAGGUUGAUGGUACGAUCUGUUGUUUUCGAUGUGAAUCUCGAUUGGAACCGCACUCAGAUGUGAGCAUGGCCUUGGAGAACACCCGCGCUAAGCAAGUUGCCGCCCGGAAGGGUGAGCCCCUGGAUUACAGGGCAUUGCAGCCAAGCGGGGAGGUCAACUCCAACCGUGCCACAGGCAACAAGAGGGAUCGGAGCGCUGGCUCUGGCCCGGCCGCUGUUCGCCAACAGGCCGCCAAGUACCUCGGAAAGGCCCUGAAGGCGGGUUCUCGCACUGUUGUUGAGCGUCAGUCUCGUGAUCCGUUCACGGCCUACAACAACGCAAGAUUUGGCAUAUCCAUCACAGGGCUUGAGCAACUCAUGAUUUUCGCCCGAAUGAGGAUCGCCAACCCGCCGAGGUCACGCCAGAUGAUCCACGACCGCACUGGCUUUGACGGCGCAGCCAAGGUGAGCUUCUCAUUCCCACCGGAAGGUGAGGACCUGACACUUACCGACCACUGUUUUGUGGCGUUCGUGGACAGGUUCUAUAAGCUUGACGAAGCCGCCCUGUUGGCGUUUGCCGUCCAUCGCAACGGCUACGUCAUGGACAUUCUUGGCUUUAGCGGCCGCAUAUUGAAGCCGACUGGUCCCGUGGUGCAGAUCUUGGCUAGGAUUGUGGGAUUCUUCCAAGACGAGGUUCGGCACGCAGUUGAGCGCGGUGAACAAGUGCCUGAGUUGGUUUUGCCUGCCAAUCAGGAACUCCGCGUCCCGGAAGGGCUCGCCUCUCUUGGGGACAGACAGCUGAACGAACUUCUCAUCAACACGAAGUUCGCGCGACAGCUCCCCGGCGCCAAAGGCGUCAAUGAGAGGAUCGGAUAUGCCUUCAGAGCAGGGAGGACGGAGAUGAGAGGCAGAUCAGCUCAGCCGCCGAUUCCAAAGGCGAGGCCGAUGACCAGGGCUACCGGCAGUGCACAACGACCUGGCUCAGUUCCUCCAAAGCCACGAGCACGCCCUCGUGACCCUUCCCCGGGAGUGGCAGCUACCCGCAUGCGGCCAACAGAGCCCAGCUAUCCGCAACCCGGAAGGGAUGUGCCAGGAUCGUCAACGGAUGCUCCGAUGCGUCCGCCCGAGCCAAAGGGGCCUCCACCCACGACCUUAGUCGUCGAUUCAAGGGGGAACCCUAUUGACCCAUCGCAGCCUCGCCGACCUUAUUUCACACGGCAUGAUGCGCUGCUUUGGGCUCGCCUCAAGGCAUCUCGGGACAAGAACGUUCCCAGAGGCAUGGAAGAUCGUGCGGUACCAGCUUUUCAUGAUUUGAACGACUUCCACCUCCUGGCACCCGAGCACGUGGGCUACUUUCUCUCUGGCUGGAAAGAGACCCAAAACGGGAUCCGCCUGUACUGA